AUGUUUGCUGGAAAUGGGUUGUUUUAUCCCAUUUUGGGUUUUGCGUCUUUUGUGGUUUUUAUUUACAUGUCUUUUGGAGGGUUAAGGUUUAGUCUUGAAGAAGAGAAAGAAUUGGGGUUUGUGAUGAGAAAUGGGACACAGUUUAUGUUGGAUGGGAAAGAGUUUUAUGUGAAUGGGUGGAAUUCUUACUGGUUGAUGGAUCAUUCUGUGGAUUUUUCUUCGAGAUUUAAGGUUCGGGAAAUGAUGAAAAUCGGUGCUAAAAUGGGACUCACUGUUUGUAGAACUUGGGCUUUCAAUGAUGGUCAUUAUAAUGCUCUUCAAAUUUCACCUGGUCACUUUGAUGAACAAGUUUUCCAGGCCUUGGAUUAUGUCAUAGCAGAAGCAAAGCAAAAUGGAGUGAGGCUGCUUCUUAGCUUAGUAAAUAACCUGCAACCAUAUGGUGGGAAGAGUCAGUAUGUCAAAUGGGCAUGGCAAGAAGGAGUAGGACUAAGCGCGUCCAAUGACUCUUUCUUCUAUGAUCCAUCAAUCCGAAGUUAUUUCAAGAAUUACAUCAAGACUGUCUUGACAAGGAAAAAUACUUUCACCGGAAUUGAAUAUAGAAACGACCCCACCAUUUUCGGAUGGGAAUUGAUUAAUGAGCCCCGUUGCAUGACUGAUCGUUCCGGAGACACUCUCCAAGAAUGGAUAGAAGAAAUGUCGGCUUUUGUGAAAUUGAUUGACAAGAAACAUCUGCUGACUAUUGGGAAUGAAGGAUUUUAUGGUCCUAACGACCCAAAAGAUUUGACUGUCAACCCGAAUUAUUGGGCAUCAAAACUUGGGUCUGAUUAUAUCCGGAACUCCAAAGUCUCUAAUAUUGACUUCACCUCGGUUCAUAUCUACCCUGAUCAAUGGUUUCAUGAGGAUGAGAAAGCAAUUGAAACUCAACUGAAAUUUGUCUACAAGUGGAUGCUAUCCCACAUUGAAGACGGGGACCAAGUACUAAAGAAGCCGGUCUUGUUCUCCGAAUACGGAUUAUCAAAAAAGAACCAGAACUUCACCAUAUCUGCCCGGGAAAAGAUGUACGAAACAAUUUUAAACAUCGUUUACAAAUCUGCAAAGAGAAACAGGUCUGGAGCAGGUGCUUUAGUUUGGCAAUUCUUAUUUAGCGGAAUGGAAGACUACACCGAUGAUUAUGGGAUAGUUCCGGGGGAAAGUCCGUCGACACAAUCAUUAUUUAUAAAACAUUCAUGCAGAUUGGCCAAACUCAAGGGAUGGAUUUCUCAACAUGAUGUAAAUUUCAAACAACUUUGUUAG